CCUUGGUAGUAUUUUUGGCGCAAUGCGGAAUCUCGGUAUACUCGAUUUUCGGUGGAGCACCGUAAGGAAGACGCUUAGAGUUUGGUGAGCAGAAAACUCCAGCCAUUAAUGAAGCAAACAUCUGCAAUUGUUUAAAUGAAGAUUCCUGAUUUGUUCGUACCGUUCUCAACAAAUUACUAACUCGGAAAUUUACCAAACUCAGUUUAUAUACCCAAGUAAAUGAUAAAUUUCACUUACGAUUGUGGUAUAACGGCGAAUUAUUGAAACCUCAAUGCCGUUCCACAAACAGACAGACGUUGUAUUGCGGUGGUAGCAAUAUAGGCGUGUGGUAAGUGUAAAGCGCAAUCAAUUGGCUAUUGCUGCGAAACUGUUUGCAUCAACAGCACCAACUGACAUUUAGAAUUAUAAGUAGUGAAAUCAGAACAGCGUAUCGGAAAGUAUUGAUCACCAAAGGGAUUCAGAUGUAUAAAAACACCGUUUGUUUGAAUAAUCUACAUCAGUCAACAGCUGUCAGUAAAACAGUUACUUGCACAUUAUUUAGCAGAACUACAUUUUUCACUACAUUUUUUAAAAUGAAAGCUUUCAUGCUGUGUUUGGUUACCGCUGUUUUGGCUGGAGUUUUCGCCGAGCCGGAAGCGACUGCUGAUCCCCAAAAUUACGCCAAAUCAACGUACAACUCUUACAAGAGCAAUGACGACUAUUGUCACCCUCGCAAAGCACCUAAAUGUUCCAAAAAUGGUACACUUUCUUUUUGUCUUAAAGACUCUGAUUACCCAGAAAAAGAAGUCAAGUAUGCGAUUGAGUACGACCCCUUAAUUCUGAAGAAAUACGCGGAUGUUGCCGAACAGUCUGCUAACAACUUGGUCGAUGGUUUGACUUCUUUGUCAGAGAAGCAUUUUAGCUAUUCUGACUACCACGGCAACACCUUUGAAAAGGGUAACUGGAUCGGUGAUGAAGGAUACAUUUGCCCUAGUGACGUGCUUUACGCUCGUCCUCUCCGCGCCAUAAAUGUCGAAGGUGAAUGGCGCGUCAUUGUUCAAGAUGUUGCCUGGCCAGGCUACACCCAAACUCAACGCAUAGAGAAAUGUCUGUUCCCGGGCGCCUCGUGCCGCACUUUGGCUCCAUGCCAUGGCAGCAAAUGCCUCCAAAAAUACGUUUACCAGCGUAUGCUUUCUUUCGAUCCUUGCAAUGUCAAGAAAGGGAUUUUCAUCGACAUCUACAAGUUGCCAUCGUCCUGUUCUUGCCACAUCUCCAGUAAACUAAACUAAUCUUUUUUUUCCGAUAGAAUAUUUUUUUAGUACACAAAAAUAGGCACAUCCUUUGAAUGUACCAAUCAAUAUGACAAAAUUAGAAUGUACCAACCAAUAUGACAAAAUUAAUGCUUUCCAUUAGUAUGAUUACAGGGGCAUCUAUCUUUUCAUUAUAAUAUGUUAUUGGUUUGAUUGUCCAAAAUAAAGAAUUCUUAUUUCACAUCAA